AUGCAUCCCAAUAUAAUCAUUAUACGUCCGGACCAGCUUCUCACAUCUCGUCGCAAAAAAUUGCAAGAGGAGGUCGAGGCUGCCGGAAGUAGAGCUGGAGCUCUCUUCAACGAAAGACCAGAUUUGACGGUC